AUGAAUCCAGCACUCAUCGCUCGAAGCUCAACAGCAGUUCUCUCCACUGUCGUCCGUCGGUCACUGACCUUCAGUUCAGUGCGCCAGUUCUCUGACAAAAAUGGACCCUACUAUGAUCUUUCAGAAGACCAGCGCCGCUUGUGUGACUUAGCGGAAAAAUUUGCCCGUGAGGAGAUCAUCCCGAAAGCUGCAGAGUACGACAGGAAAGGCGAGUACCCUACUGAAAUUUUCAAGAAAGCUUGGGAGCUUGGCCUCGUGACCAGUGCAGUGCCAGUAAAAUACGGCGGCCUCGGGCUAGGAAACCUCGAUGGAUGUCUGAUCCAAGAGCGUCUCGCCUACGGCUGUUCCGGCAUCUCCUCAACAAUAUCUUCCAGUAAACUGGGCAUGGCGCCUAUCAUGCUCUUUGGAAAUGAUGACCAGAAGAAGGAGUACUGCGGACGGUUUACAGCAGAGCCGACCGCAGCGGCGUACUGUGUCACUGAGCCUGGCACAGGCUCAGACGUGGCCGGCAUCAAAACGAAGGCCAUCAAAAAUGCUGACGGUGAUUUUGAGAUCUCAGGAAACAAAAUGUGGAUCACCAAUGCCGGAGUCGCCAAGUGGUUCUUUGUCCUUGCUCGCACUAACCCUAAUUCAAAGGCAAAACCUAGCGAAUCAUUUACAGGCUUCAUCGUCGACGCCGACACACCGGGCAUCACCAUUGGUCGAAAGGAGAUGAACAUGGGCCAGAGGGCGUCAGACACCCGAGGCAUCACUUUCGAGAAUGUGCGUGUGCCAAAGAAGAACGUCCUUCUCGGCGAGGGAGCCGGCUUCAAGAUUGCCAUGGGCGCCUUUGACCUGACCCGGCCACCGGUGGCCGCCGCCGCCACCGGUCUGGCGCAACGAGCCCUCGACGAGGCGACGCAGUACUCACUGCAGCGGAAAACCUUUGGCAUACCGAUUGCCGGCCACCAAGCAGUGCAGUUCAUGCUCGCCGAUAUGGCCAUCGGCGUGGAGACCGCCCGCAUGGCCUACCAGCGGGCUGCCUGGGAGUUUGACCAAGGUCGCCGGAACAGCUACUGGGCGUCCAUUGCCAAAGCCUGGGCAGGGGAUGUGGCCAACAAGUGCGCCACCGAUGCGGUGCAGGUCUUUGGCGGGGCCGGCUUCAACUCCGAGUAUCCAGUGGAGAAACUGAUGCGUGAUGCAAAGAUCUUUCAAAUCUACGAGGGUACGGCACAGAUCCAGCGGAUUGUCAUCGCUCGGCAGCACUUCCUCCGCAGUCAAGGAAAGGCUUAA